AAUGCAUCCGGAUAAAUCAAAAGAGGAAGAUGCCGAAGUAAAAUUCCGUCAAAUAAAUGCUGUUUAUGAAAUUUUAAAGGAUUCUGAAAAGAGACAAGUGUACGAUAAUGUUUUGGACAAUGGUUUACCAGAUUGGAGACAACCCUUGUAUUAUUAUAGAAAAGUUAAAAAAAUGGGCUUAGGCGAAAUAUUAAUAAUUCUAUCAUUAAUGACAACUGCUGGACAUUAUAUAUUCUUAUGGACAAGUUAUUGCGAAAAAAAGUUCGUUAUGCAAGAAAUCACUAAACCAAAAAAGAUUAAACGAGAUAAAAAAAAGAAAACGAAAGCUGAAAUUGAAGCUGAACAAGAAGAAUCAGAAGAAAAACUAACAGAAGACAUUGAAAAGAGUGUUGAAAAACCAACAUUAAUUAACUUGCUACCAAUUGCAAUCUGCAUUGGUUUAUACUCUUUUCUUUUGAGUUUACCAGGCGUUUAUAAUGAAGCUAUGGCCCGGAGGCGCCAACUAAAGGAGCAAGAGCUAUUAAGAAUCGAAGAGCAGAAAAGAUUAGAGGAAGAAGAACUUAAAAAAAUAGAGAGGAGAAAAGCGAGCAAAAAGGCUAAAGCUGAGGCAAUGGAGCAACUUUUGAAGCGUGAUUUCUCCAAUGAAUAUAGAGCAGAACCUUUUUCAUACGUUCAAUUAAAUACUACGGACGAAGAGAAGGAGCCGAAACACGAAACAUCGGGUUCUUCUCUUCCUUGGAAUAGUCAUGAAAUAUCUCAAUUAGCCAAAGCAAUGAAAAAAUUCCCCGGUGGAACUCUCGAUAGGUGGGAGAAAAUUGCCUAUUUCCUAAAAAGAUCUGUUGAUGAUGUAUCCUCCAUGGCUAAAAAAGUUAAACAAGGAGUCUCAACUGAAGCCUUAACGUCAAAUGAAGUUAUUGUGAAAAAAAGGCGAGCUGUUGCUACUGAUGAUAUUACAGUUAGGGAUAAGGAAAUAAAUGAAGAUCAACGAUAUUCAAAGGAAAAGUAUAUUUGCGAUGAAGAUGUUUGGACACAGAAUCAACAAAAGAUAUUAGAAUGGGCAUUAGCAAAUUAUCCUAAAACGGUUAAAAACCGAUGGGAGCAGAUAUCGGAGCAAAUUCCAGGCAAAACGAAGGAUCAGUGUAUCUCAAGAGUAAAUAACAAUGCGUUGUCAAGGGAAACUACUGAACUUUUACCUAUUAUUUUGAAAGAUGACUCUACGCGUCGAACACUUUUACAAGAUCCUGGAUUUCAUGAGUAUUUAUCAUCUAAACCAGAGGUUUUAGCCCAAUUGUGGAUGAAUGCUGAAGAUAGAGAACUAAUUCUGCAACAAGAAGUUCUUGUUAACGUAAUGAAGAGAGAUGAUUUUAAAGAUGCGGAGGAAGUUGAAAAUCUGAAAAAGAUUAUCCCCAAUCGAGAUAUUCUUGUUUAUGCUCUAUUAAACCCAUUGAUUGUUAACGUAAUCGAACGAGAUAGAGAAUUACAAGAGUCGGUGAUGAAAGAUGAAUCUAUGCAAACUUUAAUAAAGAUAAAUAAUGAUGUACGCGAAAAGUUGACUUCGCUAAACGGUCCUGCUUAUUUAUGUUCUCUGCUAAGAGAGCCAGAAGUAUGCGAGACCCUUUUAAAUCUACCCGAAACCAAAUGUCGAAUAGAUAGAGUUAAAAAUCAAGAAGGUCAAGUAGAAGUAACUUUACCGGUUCUUAAUUAUACAAAAAUUGAAAUGGACAUUUUUGAAAAGGAUGUCAAAAGAGCUAUGUAUACCUUAAAUAAAAAUGUCUACUUUACUGAUAAGAAAAUGAGUACUCGUAAACCAGGUGAAGAUAUUAGUUAUACUGCAGAAGAUUUUAGUGGAGACGAUCAUUUCCGCUCGAAAAAUCUUUUUCGAACACUUAAAGAUAGCGAAAGCGAGAAAUAUGCUCUAUUAUCUUUAAAAGAUGUCAAAAAUAGGGGAAAUAUUAGUAAUAAUAACUAUCAGUCUACCACCUUUUUUGACGACAGUCUAGGAGUUUGCGAUGUUCUUCGAAGUGCUACAGCACCUUCGACUCGUCCAAGGCAUCUAAGAGCUAAUGGAGAAGCAGAUGCUGACGACGGCUCUGCAAUUGAAGAAACGGAAAUGAUUAAAGCUCAACAAGUUAAAGAUGCUCAAGCGAAAAUUGGAGCGAUGGAGAAGGAGCUAGGCGAAAAAUCCGUUCAACUCGAAUUUAUAACUGGCGAAUAUGAAAGAUUGAAAGAAAGAAGUAUGAUGCUAGAAAAAGUCCUCCAAGAAAAGAACGAUGAACUAAGAGAGGGGUUACUGACUCUUGUCGAGAAUGGUCAAAUUAAUCUAACGUCUUCUAUCGUUGAAUCAGAGAUGAAAGUAAAAUCAAUGGAAAUCGAGAUUGACAAGCUUAAGCAUGACGCUGAAUCUUCUAAGGAUUCCUUAAAUAAAACUCUAAAAGAUAAUACGGAAUUGACAAGAAAACUAAAGGAAUUUACAAGACAAUUAAUGAUAGAAAAGAGUAUUGUUGCUCAACUGAUGGCGUCAAGAGUUGACCUAGAAGAUGCAUUAAAUAAUUCUUUCAACGAAAGAGAUCAAUUUAAGGCGGAAUUAAUAAAAUUCGAAGAAAAAGCAAUGAAAAUGGAGAAUCAAUCGCAAGAAAUUCUAUCGUCAAUGGAAAGCGAAACAUUAAAAUUGAAAAAAGACUACGAAGAAGCCGUUGCUCAGCUGAAAGAAGAUAAUCGUAUAUUAAUGGGAGAAAUUGUAUCCUCAAAGUCCGAAGCCGAAGCUCGUAGUUGUGAAAUGAGCCAAACGAGAAAUUUAUUAAAUGUGGCAAAUUUAGAGAUUGAAGAUUUAAAUAGAAAAUUAGAAUUUGUAACAGAGGAUAAUUUAUCAAAUAGAGAAGAAUUGGAAAAGGUCAUGAGCGAAUACGAUGAAAAAACGAAACAAGUAUGCAUAAUGAAAGAAUUGAUUGAAAAAUUAAAAGCUGAAAAAGAACGCCUAUCUUCAGAUAGAUUUGCUUUCGAAAGAGAUAUAGAAAGACUUAGCGAAGAAUUAGAGAGAACUAAAGAUGAUAUUAUUGAGAAUAGUCGAAGAUUAGGAGAUGCCAGAAAUUCGUCAUUAGAAUCUGAGAAACUUUAUAAUAAUGCUCAAAAUAUGAUUAUAUCUUUACAAGGCGAUCUUAGAAAUGUUCAAAGUCAAAUAGCGGCAGCGGAAGAUGAGAAAAAAUGUUUAAAUUCUCGUCUUAGUAAAUUUACGGAUCAAAAUAAACUUUUACAAAAGGAUAAUCAAAGACUUAAACAACAAGCUCUCACUGAUCAACAAAUUCUUAAGGAAGAAAGGAAAAAAAUUUCCAAUAUGAGAGGCGAAUUAAACUUCCUAAACGAUGCUCAAGAAAAAAUGAGAAUCGAAUUGGAGAUGGUUCAAGCCGCUUUCGACAAGGAACAAAAUUUGCAUAUGUCGUUAAGAGAACAAUAUCUUUUAGAGGAAAAACAACAAGCACAUUUAGUUGAGAAAAUAAAAAAUUACGAACAGGAAGUUAGCAAUUUAGAACAAAGAAUACGACAAGAAAGAUUACAAAUGGAACAGUUGAGAAAUGAAAAUGAAAAAUUAAUAGAAGAGUCGAAGAAUUCGUUCCGUAAGUUGGAAAUGUGCGAGGAUAUGCUGCAAAGGGAACAAAAUAAAUACAAACAUGCUAUAGAUAAUAUUAGGGAAGAUUUUAUUUCCGAUAUUAGUCAUGUAAAGAAAGAUAAACAGAAUAUGGAGGAUAUUGUUAAGAGUUUAAGGGAGGAAGUUGUUGAUCUGAAAGAACAGCUUAGAACUAAGGAUCUUCAAAUUAGAUCUUGCUAUCAAUCCAUCGGUCAAAUGGAGAGUGAAGCAAAGGGAAGAAAAGAGUUGGAAUGUCAACUGAUGCAAUCUGAAUUAGAGUUAAAGGAAAGCCAAACUGUUAUUGAUAAUAUAUCUGAGGAUUUGAGGAAUGAAAGGGAGAAACAUAGUGUUAUCGCUCAGCAAAAUGAUAAACUAAGAAUGAAUAUUGAACAAAUGAAAGAAGGUAUUAAGUUAGUGAAAGAAGAAUAUACUAAGGAAGUAUUUCUCUUACGUUCUGAGCUAUUCGAAUUAUCAAAUGCUUCUCGAGAAGAAAUUAAUCAACUACAGAAUGAGCUAAAUAAAUCAAAAACAGAUUUAAACAUAACAGAGGCGUCUCUAUUAGCAUUACAAGAAGUUAGGGAAACGUUAAGUUCAAAAAAUACAAAUUUCGAUAAGACAAUAGACGCUCUAAAGAAACGUUUAUAUCAGGAAAUAAGUUCGAGAAAAUUGGCCGAAGAGCAUGUUAAGGCUCUUCGACAGCAGAGUAGUAUAGGUGCGUAUUCUCAGUCUGUGGACGAAAGUACGCAGGAACGAAUGACUCCAACUGCUUACAAAAGUCUCUUAGAUAAAAUUGAACAAGAACUACAAAUAGAAAAAGAGCAAAAUCUUCAAUUAAAGAAUAAGUUAAAUAUAACUGAAACAAGUUCAAUGACAAAAGAAUCUCAUAUACAAACGCUUGAAUUACAAAUUACCGAAAUAACUUCGGAGAAUUCCACACUUAAGAGAAAAAUAGAUAAUAUUCAAAAUGUUCAACAAAGUAAAAGCAUUCCGGAUCAAGAUUUGAAAAACCGUUUAAAAUUAUAUGAAAAAGAGCGUGCUGUAUUCUUUCAAUCGGCUCAGAAAUUAGCAGUUGACCUUGAGAAUAAUAGAGCAUUAACAAAUGAAAAAACAAAAGAAAUUAUCAAAUUAGAAGAAUAUAUAAUAAGUUUAAAAGAACAGAUUAAUAACUCUAAAGUCUUUAAUAAUAACUUAACAGAAACAAUUUAUCAACAAAGGAACGAUGAAGAGAUUAAACUUAAAUUAGAAUUAAGAAAUUCAAGAUUAAAAUCUCCAUCUUUAAAAAGAAACGACUCAACAAAUUUAUAGCCAAUUUUUUUUCAACAGACCAAAAAAAUAAGAAGAGCAUCACCUUAUUUCGUAGGGAAUCAAAAAACAACUGUUACAUUGCAAAAUGUUCUAUUGUGGAAUGUCCUUGUUUCUCACGUUCAAAUGUCUAAUAAAAAAAAAGGUUUUAAAGUUAUAAUUAAAUAUCAAUUUUUAAUUUUCAUAUCAUAAUCGUAAGAUUAUUCAACU